AGGGGAGGCCUAUAAAUGCAGGGCCCACAGGACGCUGUCAAACUCCUCUCUCUGACGCCUCAGCUUAGCCGGUGGGAGGUGUGGAGAAAGUGUGACACUGGUUUUUCUAAGCACCCCCGCUUCUCCUCUGCUCAGAGCACAGGAAGACAGGACAAAAUGCCCUCGCUAUUGGAAUGCAGCCUCGACCACGUCAUCAAAGUUUUCCACCAGUACUCCAGGCAGCAGGAACACCUCGACAGGCUGAACCAGAGUGAAUUCAAAGAGAUGGUGAAAAAAGAACUGCCCACCUUCCUCAAGAAGGAGGGGAGGGAUGAGAAAGCCAUAGAAGAUAUCUUGGAGGACCUGGACACGAAUGGAGAUAAGCAGCUGAGCUUCGAGGAGUUCGCCAUGCUGGUGGCCAAGCUGACGGAGGCAGCCCACGAGGAGAUGCACAAGAAUAACAACCCCAAAGGGGAUCACCACCACCACGGGCCAGGCUUCGGGCGAAGCCAAGAUUCCUGCCAAGGCCAGGGUGGCCACAACCACUAAUCAGGAGGCCAGGCCACCCUGCCCCUGAAUGAAGGCACCAGAGCUGUGUGCCUCACCACCUUAGCGGCAGGGCUGGGGGCUGGGAUGAAAUAAAGUGUUCCUCCAAGCCA